AUGGAAGAUCGCUUCUACGAGGAAGAUGAGUGGUACUUCCAGUUUCAGGAUUUCAAGUACACACUUUCUCCAGAACUGUUCCCUGCGAUGAACAUUAAUGAGCUUGGCGACCUGUAUGAUGUUGACUUCCCGAGUUUCUGGGCUCAGAUGGAGGAGGGCGACGCGCAUCGCAAGAGCAAGGAAGGCGACUGCGAGAAGGCCCUGAUCGAGUCUGCCAAUGUGCAGACGGUCGCAGAGAUACCAGGACGUCGGUGCGUUGGGUCGUCAGAAACGAAGAAGGAACUGACUUUUGAGCAGGUGUCGCGGCACUUCUCCGUGACGAUCAAGCAGGCGGCUCGGGAGCUCAACGUGGGCGUCACCGUCCUGAAGAAGCAAUGCAGGAAGCUCGGCAUCCCGCGUUGGCCGCACCGGAAGGUGAAGAGUCUGCAGAAGCUCGUCGACAACGUCCAGAAUGGAGCGCGCGUCCUGCGGGGGCUCGGGAAGGAGAAUGCACAAGAGAACGGGCAUCUGACCAGGAGCCUGGUGGAAUUCCUGCAGCAGACGGUGAAGCUGCUCGGGGAGAUGCCCGAUGUGAUGCUGGAUCAGAGGACGAUAGAGCUCAGUCAGGUGUGCUUCAAGGACGAGGAGAAUGCACAAGAGGACGGGCAUCUGACCAGGAGCGUGGUGGAAUUCCUGCAGGUAACGAAGAAGCUGAUGGAGGAGAGGCCCGAUGUGAUGCUCGAUCAGAGGACGAAGCACCUCAGGCAGGUGUGCUUCAAGGAGAGCUUCAAGAGGAAGCGCCUCAUAGGCGGCCAUGGCACCUGGUGA